UUAGCCCGAUCGUAGUUCACUUGCAGUUCGGUGCGCGAUCCGUACACAGCUCCACUACAAGUUCAGGCCUCCCGACACACCACACCGUACCCAAUACACCAGUAAAGAUGUCUUUCGCCGAUCCAGUCGCCUUUUUAAAGGAUUUCCUCGCCGGUGGUAUUUCUGCCGCCGUGUCGAAAACAUGUGUCGCACCUAUCGAACGUGUCAAGUUGCUGCUGCAAGUCCAGCACAUCUCCAAGCAGAUUUCGGAGGAGCAACGUUACAAGGGUAUGGUGGAUUGCUUCAUCAGAAUCCCAAAGGAGCAGGGAGUGUUGGCCUACUGGCGUGGUAACACAGCCAACGUAAUCCGUUACUUCCCCACUCAGGCCCUGAACUUUGCCUUCAAGGACAAGUACAAGCAGAUCUUCUUGAGCGGCGUCGACAAGAAGACCCAAUUCUGGAGAUACUUCCUUGGUAACUUGGCUUCUGGUGGUGCUGCUGGAGCCACUUCCCUCUGCUUCGUCUAUCCUCUCGAUUUCGCCCGUACCAGGUUGGCUGCCGAUGUAGGCAAAGGCGCUGGUGAGCGUGAAUUCUCCGGCUUGGGCAACUGCCUGGUCAAGAUCUACAAGGCUGACGGUUUGGGUGGACUUUACCGUGGAUUCGGCGUCUCUGUACAAGGUAUCAUUAUCUACCGUGCCGCCUUCUUCGGCUUCUACGACACCGCCAAGGGCAUCCUCCCCGACCCCAAGAACACACCAAUCAUCAUCUCCUGGGCCAUCGCUCAGACCGUGACCACCGUGGCCGGCAUCAUCUCGUAUCCCUUCGACACCGUCCGUAGGCGUAUGAUGAUGCAGUCUGGACGUGCCAAGAGCGAAAUCGUCUACAAGAGCACCGCUCACUGCUGGGUGACCAUCGCCAAACAGGAAGGCGCCGGCGCCUUCUUCAAGGGAGCCUUCUCCAACGUGCUCAGAGGCACCGGUGGCGCCAUCGUACUGGUCAUGUACGACGAGAUCAAGAACCUGAUCAUGUGAAUUGAUCACUAGAUAAAUCGUCGCCACACAAGCAGACUACCCAUCGCGCAUCAUUAAUUUUUUUUAAAACAAAGCAAAAACACUCCAGUCGACCGUUCCCUAGGGAAUGGACUUAGCAAAAUUUCUUCAAACGAGACUUUGAGCUGUGCCUGUGUACUACAUGCCCCCCGGUAUUUGGAUUUCGGAGGGAGAACCGUCUAUUUUUCGGUUCUUGCUGUCUUCUCUCCCGGUUCUUUGGGCGAGGGCGCAGCUGAAAGUAGCAUCCAUCCAUGUAUUCGACCCACUCCCCCCUCUGUUUGUAUAUAUAAUAAUGAUAAUAAUAGAUGUACGUUUAUUUAUUAUUUCAAUGUAAAAGUAAGACCGCGUUUUCAAACGGUGUGUGGACGUACGGACGUUCAAAAUCGCGGUCCUCCGGUUUAUGUACAUGUAGUUCAUUUAGCACAGCUCCUCCCAGUAGGUUUAAUUAUAAUUAAUAAUAUUUAAGUUGUUGCGGAUCGCCAGACUUGUACUAUAAGUUGUAAAGCACCUAUAUCUUUUAAUUCAAAGGAUAUACGUUACUUGUUAAUUGAAAAAUGUUAAUUUUUAUCAUCAAGGUAUUGGUGGUAACAAUAAACAACAAAUUUAACCGAA